AUGGAGAGGUGGAGACCCCGGGCUUACUAUUUGGUGGUACUUCUUUUCCGCGGCGUCUUCCAAGAUCAACGACUUGGCAAUAUUUUGCAAUGUGCCUUUGACCCCGACAUUGAACGAAGCCUCGAGGUCGUGACAGUGGUUGCUGACACACACUUCGACUUCCUAGGUCUCAGCCGCUCCAGAAGUGGCGACUCAGUGGACCAGCUGGACGACAAUCAACAGAUGACUCAAACGGUUUAUCGACGGCUUCUGAACGUCGUGGCCUUGCCUUUUUCGCCCUUGGCGUCGGAUUCCCUCCAGAAGAAGCAGGUGGCCGAGAUUUCCUUGCGUUUUCACCGCUACAAGGACCUGGCUGCCGCCACCGUCCGUGACGCGGCCGACGACCAGCUGGCCACGGUGACGGCGGCGUGGAGCGACGGCACGGGGCAGACCGGGCAUAGCGACGCUGCAGGUGAUGUGUCGGGCCUGGCCACCCCGGAGUGCCCCUACCAGCUGACCACUGGCAGUUUCGGCAGCGACCGCAGCGACGUGAGCGAUGCCUUUUCCAUGUAG